UAAGCAGUCUGUCUGGCACCGUUGCGGGCGAACGAUCUCACAAUACAAGAUAAUAAUAUUAUUAUAUUCUAAAGGGUUUGCCGUAGUGUACAUAAACGCCGUGUUAGUGUUAUUCUCGGGACUGACUGUUUUAUCGUUGUAUACUUGUACGAUUAGACUGACUCACACGUAUACCAAAAACGAAACAUUCAAAUAAAUAGAACACCAUCGACGAAACUAACCACCUGAUAUCAUCAUGACCUACUAUACGACUAGGUGCACUCCCACGGUCCGUCCGGCAGCCGAUUUCGAUGCCGAAGCCGACGCAGCCGUACUAAGGAAAGCCAUGAAAGGAUUCGGUACUGACGAACAAGCCAUUAUCGAUGUGCUAGCAAGACGGUCCAACACUCAGAGACAGGAGAUCAAAGAAGCUUUCAAGACACUCUAUGGAAAGGAAUUAAUCGACGAUCUGAAGAGCGAACUCGGUGGGAACUUCGAGAACGCCAUUGUCGCUCUGAUGACCCCGCUCCCAGAGUUUUACGCCAAGGAGUUGAAAGACGCAAUCAGUGGCGUGGGCACCGACGAAGAAGCCAUUGCCGAAAUCUUAGGCACGCUCAGCAAUUUUGGGGUCCGGACAAUUUCCGCUGUCUACGAAAAGCUGUACGGAAACUCGUUGGAAGAUGAUUUGAAAUCCGACACUUCUGGAUCUUUCCAGAGAUUGUUGGUAUCUUUGUGCUGUGCCAAUCGUGAUGAAGAUGUGGAAGUUGAUCGUAGCGCCGCGGUUGCGGAUGCGCAGGCUCUUAUCGACGCAGGUGAAGCUCAGUGGGGUACGGAUGAGUCAACAUUCAACUCGAUUUUGGCUUCUCGUUCUUAUCCACAACUUAGAGCCAUCUUUGAAGAGUACGAAAACCUCUCUGGCAAGGACAUCGUAGAGACAAUCAAGAGUGAAACUUCCGGUGCUCUGGAACACGGUUUCUUGACCAUUGUGAAAAGUGCCAAGAAAAAGAGCGACUACUAUGCCGACCAGUUGGAAGCAUCAAUGGCAGGUUUUGGCACUAGCGACCGUCAGCUGAUUAGGAUCAUCGUAGGCAGAUCUGAAAUCGAUUUGGGGGACAUUAAACAGUCCUACGAGAAAAUUUACGGUACUCCGUUGGCCGACAGAAUCGCCAGCGAUUGUGGUUCAGAUUACAAAAAUUUGCUUAUCACACUUGUGUCGCAAUAAUGCUUUUAAAAAAGAAAGCUAUUUCAUACUACCGUCAUCGUGGACGCGCACAGAUUACUUUACUGACUAUAGUAAUACAACAACAACAACAACAACAACAACUGCAACUAUUAAACUAUUACGUGCUGUAGUAGAUAUUUAUGUGUCACAAAUUAAUUUCUUAAAUUGUCUUUUAAUAUAAACACAAUGUAAUAGAUAAAAUUAUUUUUUUUAAUUAAUUCAUAUUAUGUCCACUGUUAAAUUUUUGAAUACAGUUAUAAAAAAUUCGAUUUUUUUCACGUCGUCGUUGAGAGAGAUAGAGAAAGAUAAUUUACACACUUUUAGAACACUAUAUUUGAUAUAAUAAAAUAUUGUUUUAAAUUUUAAUAUAUAUUUAUAUUAUAAUGUAUUGUUAACCGUGAAUUAUUAAUCAGAAAUAUUUUCCUAACUAUUAUUAUUAUAAAUUAAUAUAUAUUAUAUUUAGUUUAAUAAAAUGAUCGCUAAAUAAAAAUUUUGUUUUUGCGUUAA